AAACGACCCUGAACCAUACUGUACACGCCCCUGUAUGGUUGAGUCCCUCACCGACUGCCCUUGACUAUACAUACAUCUUACCGCAUCGAGACGGCGGAGGAAAUGGAGGCCCAGGUCGAAAAUGCCAUCCAAAUCGCCUCGGACCCGACCUCGAGUCAGCAGCUGCGCGGCCAGGCCAUAGACUACCUCAACCAGCUGCGAGCAGAAGGCACAGCAUGGCAAGCCGCGCUGGCGCUAUUCAUCCGCGACCCUCGUCCGUCGGACAUCAUCCGGCAUACCUCGCUCGACCUCGUCAACAACGCUAUCCAAGAGCACCGGCUCGACGAGCGGAGCCUCGCAUACAUCAAGGAUACGCUCAUGAGUCACGUCCGCCAGUCGUAUGCGCCUGGCAGUAGCUCGACCGACACGAACCAUAUACAGAACAAGCUGAUGCAGACUAUGACUUAUCUCUUUGUAGCGUUAUACCCUUCUUCGUGGCAGUCCUUUUUCGACGAUUUUCGCUCUCUCGCUGGCGACCAGGGAGUCAUCGGCAGUGCAAACACGGCUACAACUUUUCUCUACCUGCGCGUGCUUGGUCAAGUACACGACGAAAUCGCCGAUCAACUAGUUGCGAGGCCAGAGGACGAAAAGAAGCGCAACACCGAGCUGAAGGAUCUGAUUCGACAACGAGACGCCCAGAAGAUUUCAGUAUCAUGGCAGGAGAUCCUCGGCAAGUGGAGGGAGAUUGAUCUCGGACUCGUCGAUAUGUGCCUGCGCACAAUUGGUCGAUGGGUCAGCUGGACAGAUAUCAAUCUUAUUGUAAACCAGUCCAUGAUCGGCACGUUCCUGGAGAUGGCGGGACAACAGGGCAUCAACGAUCCCGAGAGCCCAGCUGGCAGGGUGCGCGAUGCAGCUAUUGACACCUUUUCCGAGAUUGUGGGCAAGAAGAUGAGCCCGGGCGACAAAAUCGAGCUCAUCUUGUUUCUGAAUCUUUCAGACGUCGUGGGCCAGCUCCUGGGAAGCCCAGCGCUCGCGGAGUACAACAGCCCCAACUACGACAACGAUCUUGCGGAGACUGUAGCGAAACUCGUUAACAACAUCGUAUUCGACGUUGUGAAGAUCCUGGAGAGCGACGCCGCCAACGACCAAACCCGCCAGCGAGCCGAUGACCUUAUUCGAAUCUUCACGCCUUACCUCCUGCGCUUCUUCGCCGAUCAAUACGACGAAGUCUGCUCCACCGUUAUCCCAGCUCUCACCGACCUCCUCACAUUCCUGCGAAAGCUUCAGAAGAAGAACGGCACCGUACCACCGCAAUACGCAGCCAUACUGCCACCUGUGCUGGACGCCAUCAUUGCGAAGAUGAAGUACGAUGAUACCGCAAGUUGGGGCGAGGAGGACGAGCAAACAGACGAGGCGGAGUUCCAGGACUUGCGGAGACGUCUCCACGUUCUGCAACAGACCGUGACAGCCAUCGAUGAGCCGUACUACAUUGAGACCCUCAGCCGUGUAGUAAAUGGGACCUUUGGACGUCUAUCACAGGGCGACCAGAGCUUGAAUUGGCGUGAUCUUGAGUUGGCCCUCUACGAGAUGUACUUGUUCGGAGAGCUUGCAGUGAGGAAUCAGGGCUUGUACGCAAAGCGUGAGCCUUCUUCUGUUGCUGCUCAGCAGCUUGUGGGUAUGAUGCACAGCAUGAUUGACUCAGCUAACUACUCACACCCCGCUGUCCAGCUUCAGUACAUGGAGAUCUGCGUCCGGUACUAUCAAUUCUUCGAACAGAACCCUCAGCUCAUCCCCAAAGUUCUAGAGAACUUCGUGACUCUGACACACAGCAACCAUGUCAAGGUCCGCUCGCGAUCGUGGUACCUCUUCCAGCGCCUAGUCAAGCACCUGCGAGCCCAACUGGGCAACGUUUCUUACAACAUCAUCCAGGCUGUUGGAGACUUGCUCACAAUCAAGGCCGAAGUCCCUGAUAACUCUGAGGAUGACAUGUCUUCGGACGAGGAUGACCAGUCUGCGGAUGCCCUGUUCAACUCUCAAUUGUAUCUCUUCGAGGCUAUUGGCUGCAUCGCUUCUGCAAACACAGUAUCAACAGAAAACAAACAGCUGUACGCUCGCACGAUCAUGAGUCCUCUGUUCGCCGACAUGGAGCAGGCACUUCCUCGGGCCCGCAACGGAGACGAACAAUCAAUUCUCCAGACCCACCACAUCAUCAUGGCCCUAGGUACUCUCGCGCGUGGGUACUCUGACUGGGUGCCUACGGCAAACAACAGCACCGCACCGCUCACCGAAGUUGCCGACGAGUUCACCAAAGCUUCUGAAGCCAUUCUCGUCGCACUUCAAUCCCUCAAUACCUCCGGUUCGAUCCGCCACGCCGCACGCUUUGCUUUCUCCCGACUCAUAUCGGUUCUCGGCGCAAGACUCCUGCAGCAGCUUCCAUCUUGGAUCGAGGGCUUGUUGUCUCUCAGCUCCUCCAUGGACGAAAUCAGUACUUUCCUCAAGGUUCUUGCCCAGGUCAUCUUCACUUUCAAGUCGGAGAUUGCAAGCAUCCUAGACACUGUCAUGACUCCAGUCCUGCAGCGCAUCUUCACAGCGCUCGCUGUGACACCAUCAGGGACAGACGACGAGAUCCAACUGGCUGAGCUCCGCCGCGAAUACCUGAAUUUCAUCACUGUUGUUCUCAACCAGAACCUUGGCUCUGUGCUCGUCAGCGCAACCAACCAAGCAACAUUCGAGCCUGUGGUUUCGUCAAUCGAGACGUUCGCCCGCGACACACGCGACUACCAGACCGCACGCCUCGCCAUCUGCGUCAUCAUCCGUAUGAUCAACGUCUGGAGCGGCCCCGACAAGGUCGGACCCGGCGCGAACGCUACACCUACGACUCCGAGCACCGAGCCCCUCCCUGGCUUCGACAACUACGUGGUCGAGCGUUUCUCGCCUCUCGUGUGGUCCAUCCCUGCCUCACCCGGCUUCAACUCCAAGGACGCGCAAGCCAAGCAAGUCCUCCACGAGACGGCCAACCUGCAGACGGAGAUCAUCAAGAAGGUCGGCGAGCCCUACGUCGAGCGCCUACGCAGCGACUUGAGUGGCAUGGGUGUUGGCGGCGACGUCGUGGACCAGUACCUGCGCACACUGGCGGGCGCUUUCGAGGGCGCCAAGAAGGAGAAGGAGUGGAGGAGCUUCUUUGCGCAGUUUGUGGAGCGCGCCAUGUCAGCGCGGACAUGAAGAGCCAUAAAUGUGGAUAGGACGAGCAAGGGAGGUUUCCUAUGUAUCCCACCAAGAUGGCGGCAUCAUCGGCGCGCAUUGGAUGGCAUUGGCUUGUUUUCGAGAUAACCCCAUAUAGCACCAGUUCGCUUUAGCUGGAAUCAGACUUUCAACUUCAAAAGCCCGU